CUCUCUUGCUCGCGAUGCACUGCAGAGAGCACAGUGGUCUCCGAUCACAUGAUAGGUCAGGUGACAUCAGGUGACCGGGAUCAGUCGGACUUCGGGCGUAAGGACACGCGAUGGCCUGACUCGGCCAGGACAACGGUCGCCGGGAGCAGGUGGUUGCUGUGGGUGGACGCUCAGACGUCACCGCGGUUUCGGCAUUGGUUUUGUUUACCUUUUGGGCGUCGACGAUGCGCCGGCCGGCUGCGGUGCGGAGGGUGCGGACGAGAUAAAAGGAAGCCGCCUCGCUGGCUGCUCUGCGCUGCUCACUAUCGCAAUGCUCCGUCUCGCCGCUGCCUCCCUCAGCCGCCUUCCCGCCUCCUCUUCUUUCUUAUCUUCACCGUCUCGCCUCUCAUCACUCUCCUCCUCCUCCUCCUCUGCUGUCUUCCGCCGCACAAUGGCCUCCAUGAAAGCGCUCGUCUACGAGGGCCCCGCCCAAAAGUCCUGGAAGUCCGUCCCCAAGGCCGCCAUCCAGGCCCCCACCGACGCCGUCGUCAAGCUCACCUCGACCACCAUCUGCGGCACUGACCUCCACAUCCUCAAGGGCGACGUCGCAACCGUCACCCCCGGCCGCAUCCUCGGCCACGAGGGCGUCGGCAUCGUCGACUCCGUCGGCUCUGGCGUCUCCGCCUUCAAGCCCGGCGACCGCGUCCUCAUCUCCUGCAUCACCUCCUGCGGCAAGUGCCUCUACUGCCAGCGCAACAUGCAGGCCCACUGCCACUCCGGUGGCUGGAUCCUCGGCAACGAGAUCGACGGCACGCAGGCCGAGUUCGUUCGCAUCCCCUACGCCGACACCUCUCUCUAUGCCGCGCCCAAGGCCCUCGCCGACGACGCCCUGCUCAUGCUCUCCGACGCCCUCCCGACCGGCUUCGAGGUCGGCGUUCGCUCCGCAAAGAUCCAACCUGGUGAGUCUGUCGCCGUCGUCGGCGCCGGCCCCGUCGGCAUGGCCGUCCUCAUGACCGCACAGUUCUACUCGCCUGCCUCAAUCAUCAUGAUCGACACCGACGACUCGCGUCUCGAGGUCGCAAAGAAGCUCGGCGCUACGCACACAAUCAACCCCGCCAAGCUCGGCGCCUCCUCGACAAUCCUCGACGCCAUCAACGCCAUCAACAACGAGCAGUACACUGCCUCCGGUGAGACUCCCAACCCAGCCAUGAGCGCCGAGCCCGGCGUCGACGUCGCGAUCGAGUGCGUCGGUAUCCCCCAGACCUUUGCUACAUGCCAGUCCAUCAUCGCCCCCGGCGGCCGGAUCGCAAACGUCGGAGUGCACGGAACAAAGGUGGAUUUGCAGCUGCAGGACCUGUGGAUCAAAAACAUCACAAUCACGACCGGUCUCGUGUCUGCAAACACCACCGCAAUGCUCCUCAAAGUCCUGCAGGGAGGAAAGGUCAAGCCCGAGGCGCUCAUCACCCACAGAUUCAAGCUCGACGAUAUUGAGCACGCGUACGAGGUCUUUGGCAAUGCUGCAAAGGAGCAUGCCAUCAAGACGUUUAUCGAGGCUUAGUGUACAUGUACAAAACAGUUCCGUCAUUCAUUUCUUGCUUUAAUUUC